UAGUUGCGAGUCGUUCCCAGAAUAGUUAAACAGUUGAAGUUACUCUAAGAUCCACUCUACCAUCAGUUAUUCUACCUUGUGGGAGAUCACACGACAAGCACCUGUGCAACAACACAUUAUGAAAAGGAAAUGGUCCUGGACCGAGAUGGGAUACCUUGCUAGGGACAGACGAAAUGGAGUAGAUAGGCUUCAGAUCAGAUCAGACGUUUGUUUGUGAAUGAAAAGAACAUGGUCAUGUAUCUUGCAAAUGGAAUGCCUUACUGAUUGAACAUAAUGGACUGUGGGGUAGGUGGGGAAGGUAAUCCGCUUUGCCACCAUGCAUAUUGAUCGGUAUUCCAUCACCAAGCUCCCGUCGAGUUUUCGCAGCUCUGCGGACGUGAGAGUCUCCUUCUUUCCCUCUCUCGCGCCGCCUUGUUUUUCUUUUCUCUUUCUGGGAGACCACAGGUUACACCUAUGGCUGAUUGAAAACUAUCAUUAUUGGCAAAUGCAAUUUUGAUUUAUGAUCAGAGCGGAAGUCAGAAAAUCAGACAAGCAAUAACAUUGUCAAAACCAAGUUAUAUUGCAGAAAAAAUGAACUGCCAGUUAAUACUUGUUCACCAAGGUAGCACAAAACCACCUUUGAUUACAACUUAGCUGCGCUUGACCAACAUGGAGUCCUGGGAACAAGAACAAAUGGGAAGGAAAGGCUACCAAGCAAAACAAUAUGGCGGAUGAGUUCGUUGAAAGAACGUACGAAUCGACGGGUGAAAAUGACCAGUGAGUAGUAAAGAAAUGGACUUACCCCUUCCAUGCAAGGAAACAAGAAAUCUAGAAGGUCAUCAAGGAGCUGUUCGGGCGGCCAGAUUCAAUUAUGAUGGCAACUACUGCCUUACAUGUGGAAGCGAUAAACUGCUGAAGCUUUGGAACCCUCACAAAGGCACAUUGCUAAAGACGUACAGUGGACACGGGUAUGAGGUGCUGGAUGCUGUAGGAUCCAGUGAUAACAGUAGGGUGGUUAGCUGUGGAGGUGAUAAGACUGUAGUGCAAUGGGACGUAGCAACUGGACAGAUUAUACGCCGCUUCAGAGGACACACCAGUAAAGUAAACUGUGUAAAGUUCAACCAGCCAGACAGCACCGUUAUAAUAUCUGGUUCAUAUGACGCCACAGUGCGCUGCUGGGAUUGUAGAUCUCGCAGUCUUGAACCCAUACAGAUCCUUGAUGAUGCUAAGGACAGUGUGUCUUCACUGGCUGUCUCUCAGCAUGAAAUUCUCUCUGGUUCUGUCGAUGGCAAGGUCCGUAACUAUGAUAUUCGCAUGGGUAAGUUGCAAGCAGAUUGUAUUGGCCAGCCAGUGACUAGUGUGAGCUUUACCAGGGAUGGUCAGUGUGUGCUGGCAUCAACAUUAGAUGAUACCAUUCGUCUUUUGGAUAAAGACACUGGGGAAUUACUAAAUGAAUUUACAGGUCAUGUGAACAAAGACUACAAAGUAGACAGCUGUUUGAGUAGCAGCGAUGCUCAGGUUGUUAGUGGCUCAGAGGAUGGCAGAAUCUGUUUCUGGGAUCUGGUGGAAGCCAAGAUAAUCCACACCCUGGAGAAAGCUCAUCAAUCUGUUGUGUACUCUUUGUCUUAUCACCCAACAGAAAUUUGUCUUCUGUCUGCUUCUUCAGAUGGAAAAGUCAAAGUUUGGCGUGACUCAAAGUGGGAGCCUGAAUAGAGAAGACUAAUGUCACUUUACUGACAGAAGAUUGCAAGCAUUCAGUUUCUUGAUUUGUACAUUGUACAUGUACAUUGCCACAAAUUAUGAUAAGCUAUUUUAAAAUGGAGUCAAAGCAAGGAAAAGGUGUCUUCAGCCCAUAUAUUCAGUUUCACACCUGCAAUGCUUGUGGAUAACGACAGGUGGUCAAAUCUCCUGGAUAUGACAAAACAAUGGGUGUUUAUUUAUAUAUUUUUCAAUGGAAUUCAAAGCCCCCUUUUGCCUUUGAAAAUAUACCUUUGCACUCCAUAAA